AUGACCCAGUUCUCCGACUUUAUUGAUGGUCACCUUCUUAUUGAUUUGCCUUUGCAAGGGGCAACUUUCACUUGGUCUAGCGGCAGAGAAUCAGUUACUUUAUCGAGGCUCGACAGAUUCCUGAUUUCUGGAGAUUGGGAGGAGAAGUUCCCGGAUGUCACUCAGGCAGCUUUGGUUAGAGUCACGUCUGAUCAUGUGCCCUUAGUUCUUGAUUGUGGAGGUAUGAGAUCUAGACGGACUCCAUUUUGUUUCGAAAAUAUGUGGUUGAGAGCUGAGGACUUCCAAGGGAAGGUCCAGUCCUGGUGGGAGGAAGCAGUGUUUACUGGCUCUAAUAGCUAUGUGCUUGCUAAGAAGUUUCAGAUUCUCAAAUCUGAGCUUAAGAAGGCAAGUCACGGAAUCUCUACGCUCUCGAAGAGUGUCUUAUUAGGCGAUUUUGCUGAGAUUGCUACUAUGGAGGAGAUUUCGUGGCGUCAGAAAUCUCGGGCUUUGUGGCUUAAAGAAGGUGGCUGCAAUACUAAAUUCUUUCACAGGCUUGCUAACGCUCAUAGAAGAUACAAUAACAUUGGGCGUAUUCGUGUGAAUGGUUUAGAGUUGCGGAAAGAAGACGAGGUGCGUGGGGGUAUUGUUUCUUUUUAUCAGCAGCUCUAUACCGAGACUUUAGAGUGGAGACCAAAACUUGAUGGUUUGCAUUUCGAUGCCAUUUCUACGCUGGAUAGUGAUAUGCUUGAGAUUCCGUUCUCUGAAGAGGAAGUUCUCAAGGCGUUAUCCAGUUGUUAUGGUGAUAAAGCUCCAGGCCAGACGAAUUCACUAUGCGGUUUCUGA